AAACAGUCAUUUGCAACCUUACACAAUGCGUGGCUUUCGUCACCUGUUCACAGAAUCCUGCCAAAGACCAUGAUAUCGUUCGCCGCAGGGGUCUCAAGGAGGCUCUUUCACCUUCGCGUGCAGACUCGGGCGUUCAAUGCUCUCCAUGACACUUUUUCUUUGCGGUUGGCCAGUAGAAACUACCUCCGGACAAGGAAGCUUUUGCUUAUUUUCUAUGAUACUGGCAGCGUACUGGUUGUCUUUGGAAUGUUCACUGCUGUUAUUCUGCUCUUCUGGACUAUGGUGUCACUGUUAUCUUCCGCGUUCCUGCGACUGACUGCAUCAGAUAGUACUUCGGCAUCUUUGCUGAAAAGAGCUGUCGGAGCCACGAGUCGCACAAAGACAUAUUCUGGCACCGCGCAUGCUAUCAAUCCAAUUAUCCCUGGCUUAACCGUUCCCCUAACGCAUCUACCACUGAUUCUGUUCUCCCUUUGCACCAGUCAAAUUGUCCAUGAAAUUGGGCACGCUAUCACUGCAGCAAUUCAUCGGAUUCCUAUCCUAGCCGCAGGAGCAUCUAUCACCCUCAUUUUCCCCGCCGCAUUUGUGACGUUGCCCUCUGCAAGAGUAGAAGAACUGUCUUCCCUCGAUCGUUUGCGGGUCGUAACUUCAGGCUGUUUCCAUAACCUGACCCUCUGGCUGAUUCUGUUGGGGGCAGCCUGGACCGGUAUCGGACAGUGGUCAUUGUCAGUAGGUUAUGAAGAUGUUUCUCCUCGAGGGCUAAUCGUGGCCCAUAUUGAAGCCGAUUCUCCUCUGAGCAUGCAUCUUCCUGUUGGAUCUUUCCUAACUACACUUGAUGAUCUUCCGUUGAACUCAUCUCGCGACGCAUGGUCCACUUAUCUAUUGGAACCCACUCCGGCUAUCUACAAGCAAGGGUGGUGUGUGAAUGAGUCGCAGCUUAGUGACGAUCAACAGUGUUGCGUGGAUACUGAUAACCGAACAUCAUCAUUGUCCUGUUUCGCGUCGUUCGCAAGUACAAUGGAGACGUAUUGCACCGAUCCGGUAGCCAUACUGUCAAAAAUGCAAAAUCGAUGCGACUCCUCAACUUUGUGUCUGGAGUCACAGUCGUGCGUCAAACCAACGGGAGACCGAGACCUCUUACGGAUUACGGUGCACCAUCAAGAGACAAGCACUAACGACGAUCGUGUCGUGCUUUGGAGUGGCCCCAAGUAUGAGGUUUGGGAGCAAGUUCAAACCACGCAUCUCGCACCGCGUUUCGAUAUUUUACCACUAGGACUACCCCUCUUACUCGCAGAUUUCUUCCAGUAUCUGAAGCUCACCAAUCUUUCACUGUAUCUUCUCAACGCACUACCCCUGCCUGCACUGGACGGCUCUCAAUUGCUGAUAAUUUUACUGGAAAUGGCCUUCACUAGAUGGCUUUAUAGACCCUCAACCAUGAUCGACAUCGAGGCACUGAGAACUCGUGGAGGUCGUCCACAUGAAAGGAGAGUGCAGCAGGUACUUCGAACUUUCGUAAUGAUCGGUACAUGCACGCUUCUUGGCACAUGCGUCAUGCUGGGUAUCAUAGAAUGGAUGAGUGUAUGAAUCAAAGGCUGUAUAAGUCAAGCGAGGCGAAAGCUAUCUGUCUUUGUUCGCAUAAUAAGACAAGUACGUGUGACCUGCAUGCA